ACCCACUCCACUGUCUGCCUCAAACUCCUGCGGGACAGAAAGCCUGAACUCCACAUUCACAGUCUCAGUGCAGUCUGCGCAGUUUCUGCCAGAGGACACAUCUCACUGCUUUCACUUCCAUUAGUCCAAACAAUGUGAGGAACAUGGCUGACAGAAGGUCUGACUGGGUGGAGAUUGUGGAGCCGCGCUCGAGGGAGCGCAUGUACGUCAACCUGCUGACCGGCGAGUGCGGGUGGGAACUGCCGCCCGGCGUCCCGGUCCGUCAGUCGGACGGCAACCAGUGGUGGGAGCUUUUUGACAGCAAUAACAAUCGGUUCUACUACUACAACUGCACAAGUCAGCAGACGGUCUGGCACAGGCCUCAAGACUGUGACAUAGUGCCUCUAGCGCAGCUCCAAGCCAUGAGGAGGAGUUCUGAGGCCAAGCUGAGGGGUCAAGGGAGGAUCCAGAGAGGUCCGGUGGAUGGCAGGCGGACACCACAACCUGGACUGGGGUCUUCUUCACUGGAGAAAGAGAGUGGAAGGGAGACGCCAUCGUCCAAGGGUAAAGGAGACAGUUUGGAGAGAAGGAACCAGGGAAAUAGGUGAGGAUGUGUGGAGCACUUGAAAAACUUCUUAUGGUGGCAAUUAAAGUGAAAAUAAUUAUUUGCUCACCCUUGUGUCAUUCCAAACCUGUAUGACUUGAUUCUUCAGUGGUCCGAAGUCCAUCCAUUGUGUGGACAAACAACAUUCUUUAACUUGUCCUCUUUGGUGUUCUGCAGAAGAGAGCCAUACAGGUUUGAAAUGACUUGACUGUGAAUAAAUGAUGACACAAUUUCCAUUUUUGGAUGAAAGACCAUCAGCUAUAGAUGUCGAACCCGUGAUCUCUGCUCUCUGUGACAUACACGUUGAUGUGUUUCAUGGGAUUAAUGCCAGGGACUGCGUUUUAAUCCGUCUCAGAUGGAUCUAGUGUGCUUUCAGAUUAACCUCUUAGUUAAAUUGCAAUCUCAGCAAUUUGCCGUUUUGACUUGACUUUCUUGCUCUUGGCACAUUCACACUAGAGCUUUUUGGCUUUUGGAAGUUUGGUUCGCUUGUAACAUGCAUUUAGGAAUGCAACAUGCACCACCUGUUUCACCAGCUUUGUAAUGAGCAAUGUUUAUAAAACUGCCAAAAAAGAGAAACUUUAAAGAUUUCCUCCACCAAAAUAAAAACUUGAUGUUUAAUGUUUAAAGGUUUAACGUUUGAAAAUGAAGAAAGAAAAGACAUAAAUAUUGGUAUUGUAACAGAAUCAGAUUAUUAUUAUACUAUCUUUAUUAAAUGCUCAAAAUUGUG